AUGGCACCAUUGGGCACUAUCUACACAUACACUCCAAGCCCUCGGCUUGUCAAGGCCCAGGCAGCGGCCAACCUGAACGGCCAGGAGCUGGUCAUCGCCCCAGACUUCCAGUUUGGCAAGACGAACAAGACAGAAGAGUACCUGUCGAAGUUCCCAACAGGCAAGGUCCCUGCGUUCGAGGGUGCAGAUGGAACCAACCUGAUCGAAUCCGAUGCGAUCGCGCAGUACUGUGCCGAGAGUGGGCCGGCAGCUGGACAGCUAAUGGGAUCGACUCCGUCGCAGCGUGCGCAGAUCCGUCAGUGGAUCUGCUUCGCACAGGGCGAGAUCCUCGAUAAUGUCCAGACGCUGGCGCUCUGGCGAAUGAAGAUUUAUCCUUAUAACGAAGCGUCUGAGAAGUCGGCCAUGACGAAGCUGACUCGCGCUCUUGGUGUCCUCGAGACGUACCUCAAGGGUCGUACGUGGUUGGUUGAUGGCGAAAAGAUUAGCAUGGCGGAUAUUACUGUCGCCUCGAGCCUCAUCUGGGGUUUCUCCAUGAUCAUCGACGCUGAGAUGCGUCAGAAACACCCAACCCUCAUGGCUUGGUAUGAGCGUGUCAUUGAGGUGGACGGCGUCAAGGAGGCGUUCGGGCCUCAAAACUAUAUUGAAAAGCGUCAGGACACCCCGGAAUAA